AUGUACUGCUCUAAGAAUGUAACGUUCAAACAUCGUUCUACUAACAGAGAACAUUAUAAGAAUAUUUAUGUGGUGUGUAACGGGGUGGAGACAGUAAGAGCUGGUCAGAAACACACAGCAGUUUUAGUGCAGGAGGUUUUUGUACGGCUGUUCUGCAGCUCUGUAUCACUGUGGUACAUCUUCGGUGGAGGAACGAAACUCUUAGUUGGAAGUGUCUCUCGUCCCACUCUCUCGGUGCUGCCCCCCUCUGGUGAGUCUCUGCAGCAGGGUAAAGCUACGUUGGUGUGUUUGGCCAGUAAGGGUUUUCCCUCAGACUGGACUCUGAGCUGGAAGGUGGACGGCAGCAGCCCGAGCUCAGGUGUGUGUGUGGGCGGAGCCGGGCGGAGCUCAGGUGUGUGCGUGAGCGCCGGGGUCCGGCAGAAGGAGGGGCUGUACGGCUGGAGCAGCACUCUGACCCUCACUGAGGACCAGUGGAGGAAGACCAAGGAGGUGAGCUGUGAGGCCGUCCUCCCCUCACAGCCUCCAGUGAGGAAGAGUCUGAACACACAGCUGUGUGAAGAGAACUGAGACCAGGAGCUUCACACACACACACACACACCUGCUGAUCUGAGCUUCACACACACCUGCUGACCUGAGCUUCACACACACCUGCUCACCUGAGAUCACACACACCUGCUGUUCCUGCUCACCUGAGAUCACACACAUUUUUACACAUGCCUGUCACCUGUCAUCACUGUUUUUAGUGGCCGAAAGUUAAAGAAUAAAAAGUGGUGACACGUGUGUCAUAUAUCAUUUAAAAGAUGUAGAAAUUUCCUUACAGCACUCUGUCCUUCAGUUUAAAUAAUUACGUCUCUAACUCAGAUAGCAAAAAUCACUCCGAUCAAUCCCGGCUCCACUUUAAUCUAGACGAGACUCUGGGCCAAAUGCUCAGCUCACAACUGGGCAGCAUUUGGCAUGGGCCAGCACCCCGGUUACCGAGUAUAAUACAACAAUCCGCUCAAGCCGCUGAGUAUAAUAUCAAAAUUGUUCAAAGCUGCUUUUGCUAAAACCCUCAUUUUUAAGUAUAAAGCAACAAUUGGCCCAAACUGCACGUGCCAACAUCCCAUUUGCAGAGAAAAAUGUGAAAGUUCAAAUUGCAUGUACCAACACCCCAGAUGCUUAGUAUAAUAGAACAAUCGGCAUAAGUCGCAUGUACCAACACCCCAGAUGCUUAGUAUAAUAGAACAAUCGGCAUAAGUCGCAUGUACCAACACCCCAGAUGCUUAGUAUAACAGAACAAUCGGCAUAAGUCGCAUGUACCAACACCCCAGAUGCUUAGUAUAACAGAACAAUCGGCAUUAGUCGCAUGUACCAACACCCCAGAUGCUUAGUAUAAUAGAACAAUCGGCAUAAGUCACAUGUACCAACACCCCAGACGCUUAGUAUAAUAGAACAAUCGGCAUAAGUCGCAUGUACCAACACCCCAGAUGCUUAGUAUAAUAGAACAAUCGGCAUAAGUCGCAUGUACCAACACCCCAGAUGCUUAGUAUAACAGAACAAUCGGCAUAAGUCACAUGUACCAACUCCCCAGUUGCUUAGUAUAAUAGAACAAUCGGCAUAAGUCACAUGUACCAACUCCCCAGUUUCUGAGUAUAAUACGACAAUCGGCCCGAGCCACAUUUAGCAACACCCCGGUUGCUGAGUAUAAAAGAACAAUCGGCUCGAGUCACUUGUGCCAACACCCUUCUUUGCGGAAUAUAAUAGGGCAAUCGGCUCGAGUCACAUGUACCAACACCCCGGUUGCUGAGUAUAAUAGGACAUAGUAGAGGGUAAAUCUCACCUGAUGCUCGUAUACAUCAUCCAAUCUUGUGCCGAUUCUUCUUGCUAUCUGGGUAAGCGACAUCUAUUGAAUUAUUUGAGUGCAUCAAAAUACAAAAUUUAGAUUUUUGUAUAAAUAUUCAGACCGGGGCUGGGUUCAGACUGUAUAAUGUCAUGAAUAGAAUUAUAAUAUAAAAGCAUAAAAAUCAUAAAAUUAGAUUAACUUUCAAAUGUGUUUAUUGAGAAAGAACAAGCCAAUGAAAUCCUGUUACAAUUUAACCAGAAGUAGUUAAUACGUUAUAAAUAAGUGCAAAAUGUAUGUGCACACUGGACAAUAUUUAGGUCAGAAAAAUGACUGAGAUCAUAUUAAAAUAUUGUAUGAUUAUUAAAUAAUGUAAUUAUAGUGACAGGCUCACUCCUGCAGCUCAGUUCCUGCUGCUGUUAUUAAUUCUGAUCUUCAUCUUUAUUCAGUGCUUUAAUGAGAAGCUUUACUGUCUGUCUGCUAAAUAAAAACUCUUUCAGUCUCAAA